AAAACGACGACCCAACAACUUCCUUCUCCUGCCCCCCGCCUUCAUCUUUCCUUUUAUCCAUGAAGAAGUAGGAAUACGAAAAGAAAUACCCAUCCUCUCUUCCUCUUCAGAAAAAACACACACUAAACACUCACGCACACCAGCAACUCUUGAACACACCAUACCACACGACACCCAUGGGUUUCCCAGUAGGUUGCACAGACGUAUUCUUCCCCAAACUUCUGAUCCACAUUCUCACGAUUCUGGGUUUAAUGCGAAAAUUCAUCUACGUCCUUCUUUCAAUUCUGGGUCUCGGAGAUUUUCUGGAACCCGAAAUGCCGCUGCAGACCUGGCCGGAAUCCGGAGGCGAGCUGAGGUCCAUAUCCGCAUCCUUAAUCCGGGAGUUAUUACCCGUGGUGAAGUUCUCAGAGAUAAGCGACUUGGCUGCUCCGGAGAGCUGCGCUGUUUGUUUGUACGAGUUCGAAGAUGACGAUGAGAUCCGACGGCUGACGAACUGUCGGCACAUAUUUCAUAGGAGCUGUCUGGACCGUUGGAUGGACCAUGAUCAGAAGACGUGUCCGCUUUGUCGGACGGCUUUUAUCCCGGAAGAUAUGCAGGACACUUUUAACGAAAGGCUUUGGUUGGCUUCCGGGAUUUCCGAUUUCUACGGCGAGUACUCGCCGAUUACUUUAUAGGACUCAGGUUUUUAGCAGUAGUAAUUGUUGUUUUACUACUUUAUAGUGCUUUAGCGAACCUUUUUUUUAAAAAAAAAAAAAUUUCCUUUUUCUGCCUUUCUGGUGGCGGUGGGUUUGGUAGGAGAGGUUCUCAAAUGUACAGGAGUGAAAAAAAAAAAAAAACUUAUUAUAUAUUUACGAGGGGGGGAAAAAAAGAUAUACGUUGAUAAAUAUGUUUUGUAUAGUCUUUUUAGUCUUCUCUCGAAAGAGUUUGAUAAUGAGACAAUAAAUAUAAUAUGUUUUCCGAGAGGCAUUCUCGUUGUUCUCUUUAAUUAAUACUAAGUAACUAAUUUGUAGGUAGGUAAAUAAAUGGUUAUGAUCUCUACUUUGCGGGAAUAAACAAUUAAGUUAUAGCGAAUGGGAGGGUUAGGUUUAAUAAUUAGUAUUAAGGUUGUAAUUUCAUAAAUGAGAACAGGUAUUGGAAUUUGGGCCUGCAAAUUACUUACAAUUGCUGGUGAUGUUUUGUUUGUAUGUUGGCACAUUAGCGGCUAACUCGGAUCUGGUCUUUUUUCUUUUUUUUGCCUUUCAACGUCUCUUUAUUUUGUUGGGUAGGCAAUCUCAUCGCAUCAAAUCAAAUAUUGGAUGACAGAAAUUUCAUGUUAUGUUAUAUGGGGAAGAAUUAAAAAGACAGUAGUAAUUAAUUCUUCAACAAUUAUCUGAGCAA